AUGCGCUCUUUGUGUCUCCUAUUCAGUAUCCUGUUUGCUAUCGCUGUUGCUCAAUGGCAACCGUGGAAUCAAUUCUCAUGGAAUCAACAGCCACAACAAUCACCCCAAAACUGGACCCCAUUGCAACAGCGUCGUCUCCGGCGUCGUCUUGCAAUUAAGUUGAAAAAACAGAGAGCGAAUAGGUUAAGGGCAAGACAGCAACAACAACAGUUUCAAUCAGGAAACUCCGAGUCUCUCGCUCAAUCGCAAGCCUCAGCUCAAGGCCAACAGCCACCCACACAAUGGGCCGUUUCCCCUUCGCAAUCGCAAUCCUCAAUCCAUUCUCGUUUCAUCUCCACUCCAUCACGCGAUCUCCCACCUCAACCCAGUCCCCAACAACAAUGGAGUGUCCGCGAGCCAACGCCUAACACCCAGCUCGCCACCGCUCAACCCCAGUUCACGCAGCAGCAAAUCGCGCAAUUCGCUCAGUUUGCCAGCUCUCAGCCUCAGCAGCAACAAUUUCAACAAUCUCAAUUUGUCCCUCAGCAAUUCAACAACAGAGCGCCGACUGCGGGAGGAUUUGCGCCGCUCACCAGAGAGCAAGAGAUCUACGGUAUUCCGGGUAAACGAACGGCCAACCAAAAGCUGAGAACUUGCUGCCGAAAGUUGAAACAAGCCGAUCGGGAAUGUCGUAGAAAAUACUGUGAUUUCAAUUCCCUUGCGCCAAAUCAGGUGUUGGGCUACUUGACAGAAUGUAGCCCAAAAGGGCCAACAGUGGGAAUGAUGUGGGAUUGUGCGUCGAGUAGGGCUGAUCACACAGAAUGCUGUCGACAACAAGGGGUGAAUGCUCAUUGCAUGGUGUACUGUGAGACGACUCAUGGAGUACCGUCAGACCCUGUGAAAUACAUGGUGUGCCUCUCCGAAUUCAACAAGAUUCGCUCGUGCUUCUACAACUAUCUCGAAAACCCGAACAAUCCAAAUAUUAAAGGAGACCUU